AUGGCCCGGCCAGCCAGCUCACGGCUACAAGGCCUCAUCACCGUGUCCGGAAUGGUGGCCUUUAUUGGAGCAGUGUCAAUCGCGCCCCGAAUCUCAAUCCUCAAAACGGACGACUCAACAAUCAUCAAAUACGACCACCUGAGCCCCAAAUCCAAACACCAAACACCCGCCCCCGCCGAUCCAGGACUUAUCAUCACACCUUCGCCUAAACCUCAAUCUUCUCCCUCUUCAAACUCUUCCAACGAAAACAAAAGCCGCAAACCAUUCAGUCCCGACGACUGGAUCUUCGACACCGGCGCCACGACCCACGUCUGCGCGAAUCGCGCAUUACUACACAGCUACGACACCCUCAAUCCGUACAAUAAUAGCGUCAAUCCCAGGGCUGUAGGGUACUUCGGUCCGAAUCCGGUGCCGAUUGUGGGCGCGGGCGAUUGUACUUUUAUUUUACCUGGUGACGAAUUACCUGACACUUCUGCCCACGCUUCCUCUCCCACUUCUAGUUCAAGUUCCGCGGGGAGUCAUUCGCGAACAACAUCAGACGCAAAACCCUCGUCAAUGUUGACGAGUCUUCUCGGGACGGGUCCCGCGAGGAGAUCGUCAUCGACAAUGGCCGGCGGCGACAGACUAGAUGCUGCUCGUGGUGGUGUGGUUGAUGACCAGCAUAUAUUCAACAACAGCGACGACAAGUCGUCAUUGUCACCACCACUACCACCGCCACCGCAUUAUAAAGCCGUCACGCGCCUCACGGUCAAAAAUGUAAUGCAUAUCCCCACCGCCGGCGUCAACUUGAUCAGUUGGUCGCAAUUGAAGAGGGCAAAGGGGCUCCAGCUCAGGCUGGUCGAGGAACCUGAUGGAAGUCUUACGGUGCAGCAUCAGGAAAGAGGAGUUGCACGGACGCUGAUGCGCUUUGAGCCGAGGGACGGGUUGUUUUUCCUGGUUCAGGCGAAUGUUUCGCCUAGUGUGAGAAGGGAGAUCGAGCGAUAA